AUGCCCAAGAAUUUGGCCGUGCUGGCAGAGAGGGAGAAGCUAGAGUCGACAUCGUGUAUACUUUUCCGUUUUGAGGACCGUACAAGACACAUGCAAAUGAUUUCUUCAUUACUGGAGAGCGAGCACCGAGAUUUGAAAAGAAGAAAAUUGAAUGAGGUUAUCAAAUAUUGCAUCAUACCCAAAUGCAAGAAGCUUCAAUUGGUCCACUAUUUUUCUGAGGACUAUAAAGAUCCUUGUUGUAACAUGUGUGAUGUUUGCUUGGGAACAUGCAAUAUGGAACCACAAAACGCUAGCACUGAGGCUCUCGGGGUAUUAAGUUGUCUCAACAAUAUACGCAUUGUUCAAAACAAGGUUACAUUGAACUUGUUAAUGUUGGUUUACAGAGGGUCUAAACGGAAGGAAGUUGUAAGCAAGUCAUUGCAUGAAGUUCCAGAAUUUGGUCAUGGAAAGAGUGCAUUUUCUCAAUCCGAGUUAAAGCAAUUCAUCUACAUGUUAAUAGCAGAAGAUGUGAUUCUAGAAGAACUUAGAGGACCAAACGAAAUUGGCUCACAUCCAUAUUUAUGGUGUGGAAGCAAAGCUGGAAUGAUAAGUCAAGGUGAAUUAUUAAUUAAUAGAUGUAAGUAUGUUAAAUAA